AUGCAGUUCAAACGCGUGGAGUUGGGAAAUGUAUGCCUAAUUUACGCCCUAUGGAAUGCACCGCAGGCGCUUCCUAUCAUCAAAAUACAUAGACCGGUCCUCACUUAUAUAAUGAGAGGAGCCCACCUCAUGAUCCCAGGAGUGCUCAAUUGGCCUUGCAACAUUGCAGCUGGGUCUAUCGCAGCUGUUGUAGUCGACGGUGACCCGAAAUUGACCUCUAAACCUUUUCCAAGCAGAGAGGACCUGUCUGGGGAUGCAGAUGUGGAACAAAACAAAAGUACUUCAACGACUAAAAUUCCGGAUGAAGGCACCACAACAUCACAAAUAGUAUCGGAAGAAGCUGUAGCCGAUAACACUAAGCCAUCUUUGGAGGCCAUGGAAACGUCGUCAAACAGAGAAUGCGAGACCUCGGGUGAAACAAACGAUCACCGUGUUGACACUCUUGGUGGAGACGAGGCCAAACUAAUCAGCGGGAUAAAAGCCAUCUAUAUCAAUGACACAACAGCAGGUGCUAAGGGCAAAAACGCCGAUUUACCGACGUUCCCUCAGAAACUUGUAGACCAUGUAUUACGACUGUGUUUCCUACAAACCUUACACGGUAUUACAGAUGCCCAAUUACCUAUGGAGAUAAGCGCUCUUUACGGAGAGAUGGUGGCAUGCGGUACCAAGCUGCUGGCUACGUCAGUGUUUAAACGUGCGCUAAGAGAGGUUGACCCGUGCGAAGUUGCACCGGAAAACGCGACUCAACUUAUCUCAUACAAGAGCUCCUCGUCCAAGAAACUCAUUAAAUUGUUUCAGAACUGGGCUAAGGAGGGGCUAAUUUCACUGAAAGAGUCAAAGGGCACAGGCACGGUGGUAAAUGUCAACCGUAGCAACGAGCACUUCGUUAAAUUCAAGCCUUUCACAGUCCCACAGUCAAAGGACAAUGAUGCUCCAAAGGUAGAAAAGAUCAAGGUUAAACGAUACCUAGCCUUUUCUGCAACACAGCGAAAGAUGCUGGCUGAAGUGGGUGUCCAGGUGGACAAAGAGCCAUUGACCCUGGAACUAUUCAAAAAGGUCAUUAUAGAUCACAUCAGUAACGAUGGAGCUACCAUUUUGAAACAUGUUAACGAAGCAACGCAGUACCACCAGAUAGUCAAGGGCGACGCGGUUUCAGCCAUAUGCAAGGGGCCGGCGCAACCUGUAACCAUCACUGUUGAACCUAGAGGCAAUAGGAAGCAUGUAACUACUAUCAAAGGGUUAUUCAACUACCUUUUUGAUGCUGAAGAGGCAACGGUGGUGGAGGCUCUGAGGCGUAAAUUCGCCAGUUCAGGCAAGGUAGCUAUUGAACGUGAGUUAAUAGAACAGUUUGGUAUGUCGCAGCAACAAAUUAAGCUGGUGCAACGGGGCUAA